AUGCUUCUAUAUAUUUCAGGUGAAGGAGAAAGACGAAGUGACUCGAAUAAAAUCUGUUUAUUUUGUCUAGAAGAAGAUAGAGCUGUGGUGUUUAAACCAUGCCGUCAUCUCUGUUGCUGUCAUAAUUGUCUACCUAACUUUAAAAACAAACCCUGUCCUAUUUGUAGAACUCCCAUCCAGGGAUCACAAGUGGUUUUCUUGAGUUAA